AUGGCCCCCUCCAUGCUGGUGGGAAGUUGGCUUGGAGGUGAGAGGCGGAACCUGGUCGUGGGUACGCUCUUGGCAUGCAUGCUAGCCGACGUGAAAGAUGCUCAUGGAGUCGCAAGCGUCAUGCCCUUAAGUCGAGCGAGCGAGGCCCGUCCUCUGGUACAACCCACCUUGGUUCGAGAGGGUCUGCAAAAAUUUGUCACGUUUGUGUUGCCGCUGUCAGAGCGCGCAUGGAUUGAGCGCCCUGACGUAUCGUGCUGUUCUUCAAGUCCUACCACGUCAAAUGUGCAGUUCACAAAGAAAGUGAAGCUCGAAAAUGUAGUGAGAGUGCGAAGAAACCAGGUUCACGAUGUCGCUUUCCACGGAACGAGCAGGCGAAUGCCAAAGCGCAGUGAAAACUCACCUGAGAGUCAGAUAACAAACCAGUACACUGGACGACAUUAUGAUGAAAAGGACUUGGUGGAAGAGGAGAAUGCUGGAGGCGACAUUGAUAUCAUAGAGUUAUCUGAAGAUGAUUAUGAGAUCAUCAGCCAUGCAGGCUCAAUACCGAAGAGGAAGGGAAAAGGAGCUCUGGCAAAGACGAUUGCAGGCUCUGGCGAUCGUUCGAUCACUGACGGGGGGAAUGACGAUCUUCACUGCAUGACGGUCGUUCAACUCAAGGAAAUCUGCCGAUCGCAGAAACUGAAGCUAACGGGGAAGAAACAAGAGUUGAUAGACAGGAUUCGGGGAAAUUCGCAGCAAGCACAAGAAGUUGUGAACAAUGCAAGGUAA